GAAGAAGAUAUCAGAAACUCUCGUGUGUUGAACAGACACGAUUGUUUUUAUUCCGAUAUUUCACUAGGAAGUGAUCGUUAUUUAAAGUUGUGACUCGCGACUAGACCUCAAGUGAGUAGCGCACUAUCAAUUAGGUGAAACAACUCCGCGACUAGAUCUCAGCGAGAGGCGCAGGAAAGGAAAAACGCGAGCGUGUCCUCGAUUCCUUUGUGUCGUUGUUUUGACAAGGGAAGAUAUCCAGCGGGCAAUUUCGCUGCGAAGUUAUCAAAAAAGAAAGUUAGCGAGGAGGCAAAGGAAAGUGCUGCAUUCGGCGCGAACCGCAUACAGGCGACCUUCGUACACGAAUUAAAAAGUUUUGUUUUGCGGAAACCCCGGAGGUGUGCGUUUUCGACGGGGCAAGUGCACGGUUCGGGAAAGUGAAAUUUUCGAAAACAUCACCACUACACGCACACGUCCGUUUUCGCGCUACGCAACCCAAUGCAGCGCUUAUCAUAGCCGUGUCGCGACGAACAGCCAGAAAACACGAAACGAAAGCAUCGAGCAACUCGUCGCUGUCGUGUUGACAUUUCUCGGUAAGACGUCAGAAAGCGCAGACGUCAUCCGCCGUCUUUUGGAGUUCAGUUUACUCACGCCCGCCGCACGACAGGACAUCUAGCCCUUGCAGAGCCGAGCCGCACUAAUCGUUCGCCCGCUAGCUACGAGCAGACAAUUAUCAAAAACCGCCGCAGAAUUCUACCCGGAGCCCCGUGGUCCGUCCCAUUGUGUUCGUGAAACCAGUUCAGUGCGAGUCCUAGAACGGAAAGUGUUGACAGAACGUGUUGUUGGCGACAGCUUCAAUUAGUGGAAAAUCCGUCAAAAUUCCGGUCCCGACAGCACCGUACAGGGGAGGCUCCAGCACGCCGAGUCCCUUGACCGCGUAUUCUCAAGCGACGACAGUCCCCAAUUAUUUGGCUGACAUGAGCACCAAGAGGAAAAACCGCCCCGCCGCCACGAGGGGAUAUAUACAUGACAGGUCACAAAGAGGACGAACUACCCAAGGAAUAUACAAUAAUUCACUUUUCAUGCACGCAGCCACUUCAAUUGUUGGUAAUUUGGCACAGGUACAAACACAUUCUGGUAGUGUCUACGAAGGAAUAUUUAGGACGUUUUCUCCAAAUUUUGAUGUUGCAGUAGAGUAUGCACAAUGUGUAAAAAAUAAUCAAAAUCAGAAUUCUGAUGCAUCUUCGAUAGCAGAGUGCAUGAUAUUUCCGCCCGUUCACCUUGUGAGUAUUACCGCGAAGAAUGUUGAUCUAGAUUUCGCUACCAGCGGAAACUUUCAAACAGACAGCGCUAUAUCAGCUCGAUGUAAUGGUUCGCGAUCUGAAGAGAGGGAAUUAGAACCUUGGGAUCCAACCGGUAGUGCUAUCAAUGGCGAACUCGAUCUUGAAUUAGAUGGCAAUGCAAAUGGAUGGGAUGCAAAUGAAAUGUUCAAUAAAAACGAAAAAUUAUAUGGGGUACAAUCGACUUUUGAUCAAUCAUUAACUGGAUACACUGUUCAGAUAGAGAAGAAAGACACGCAGGACUACAAAGAGGCCGAAGAGCAGGCUGAGAAAAUAGCAAAAGAGAUAGAGAACCAAGCGAAUUAUCAAGAACGAAUUGAAUUAGAAAACGGAGACGAAGAGUCCCGAUUCGCUGCCGUUGAGCGACCAUCUGAUCAGAGUCCAGAUAUAUCACGCGAAAAUACAAAUAUAAAUCCAAGUAAUACAAAUAUGUCAAAAGGAUCGAGUAAUGACAAGCACAUGGUUCCCUCGAAACGCAAGAGUUUGCAGAGUGGUAAGAUCCGCAGCACGCCACCACCAAACAACAACAACGGGCCUAUCCCGCAACAUAACGCCCAUAAUUCCAAUAAAAAUAAUAAUUAUCAGUCAAUGCAGAUGCAGCAAGGUCCUACACAGUACAUGAUCAGCCCAAAUUAUCCACAUAAUAUGCAUGGCCAUCCAACGAAUAUGUCACAAGCAAAAAUGAACGGUGAAGGAAAUUUAAAUAAUACUAGUAGCAAAUCAAUGCCUCAACGAGGAAUUAGACAAUAUCCUUCUCAAGCGUCCACGCCUAAUAGCUAUUCAGAUAAUCAAUCGAUGAGCGGGCAGAUGUCCAUGGGUAAGCAACCAAUGCACAUGUCACAAAAUCAUGGCCACAUACAAAGUCAACACAUGGCUGGUGGCUUACAAGAGACUCAACAACCCCCUCCGACCAGUCAUAUGACCGUACAUUCGAAUAUGGUGAACGCUCCUCCAAAUACGGUAGGGAAUGUUAUGCCUGCACCCCAAAACCAGCCACCUCCACAGCCACAACGUCCACCCCGAGAUCCAAGGAGAGAAGAACAAAUACAAGAACUGAGAAAAUUCCAACAAGAUUUCAAUUUGUCCACGACAAAUCAACAACAGCAUCCGCCACCCAUGAACCAGGUGAAAACUCCAAGCGUCUCGCCACAUCCACCACAGCCUUCCUUGACGCCACCCCAGCAAGUGCAGCAGCAGCAGUUAUCACCAAUGCAACCACCUCCUCCACCACUCCAGCAGCAGCAUUCACAACAACAGCAACACCAUUCACAACCCCCGCCACAGCAUCCUCCUCCUCAACCACAGCAGCAUCAAUCUCAGUCACACUCGCAUCAGCAGCAGCAGCAACAGCAACCACAACAGCAGCAAACAGAGCCUAUAGCGGUGGCGUCAACUCCGAAGGCGGCACCACAGCAAAUGCAGCACCAGGAACAACAAACAUACACAAGCCAACCGCCACCGCCUCAGCCACAGCUCCAGCAACAACCACAACAGCAACAGCCUCCAACCAUUAUCCAACCGGCAAAUACUGGUAUUUCUUCGAUACCUUCAUCAACAACGCCUCCACAGCAGCAGCAACAACAGACACCACCACAACAACAGAUUCUUAACAAUAGCAACAGUAGUAGCGAUCCAUCUCCAACGGCAGCCGAGAAGCCGGCCGUGAAGCCAAAGCACGUACUGAAUCCAUCGGCUAAACCGUUCACGCCACGUAGUCCAAGCACGCCGAAUCCGUCGCGACCACACACUCCACAAACGCCGGGACCAGCAAUGACCCCCAACGUUUAUGCAGGGCCGCACAUGUCCGCAACAGGAGGAGGUCAAAUAACAUAUGUUAUGCCGCAAGGAUCGUUCCAAACUCCUCCUCAUGGACACGGCGGGCAAGGGCGACUUCGAAGAGGACCGGUGCUGGGUGCGUCACAGCUUCAGGUCACUGCUGCGACCGGCCAACCACUGCUCACAGCUGCUGGACCGAUGCCUACGCCAUUUCUACAAUAUCAACAAGCACCACAUCCAUCACAUUAUCCUUCGCAGCCUUAUCAGCAAAUGGUAAGAAUGUACCCGGAGCCGCCACCGCAGCAAAUCCAAUUUCUGGCUCAAACACCGCCAUCGACUACACCGUCGCCUGGUCAGCCACAUCAACAAUUUCAUCCCGGACAGCAGCCCUCGCCCGCUGGCGGCGGACCGCCUGCAUUCGGAGCCGCCCAUCAACCGCAUUUCCCUGUGAUGUGUCUAGCGACAGCUCCGCCACAACUCGUCCCCAACUACUAUCAGGGUGCACAAACACCACAUCACGGUCAACAAUUUCAACUGAUAAUGCAGCCUUCGCAUCCGACGCAGUAGAAAUAAAAAUCCGCGCAUCUCAUCCCCAAUUGAAUCCCUUUGAAACGAAAACAACAGCAACAUUUAAAAAACAAACAAACCUUAUUGCAGUAUGCGUAUAGAGAGAGAGAGAAAGAGAAAAAGACGGAUUAAAGCGAACGAGGAAGGAGGAGAGAGGGAGAAAAGAUAAAGGGAAGUGUGUGUCUGUGUGAUAGUCUCUAGGACAGAUAAUAACAAAUCCAACAAAAAGAGAAAAAAUGUUGUUCAAAACAGCAGCGAAGUGGUAUCAUUUCUAGUUUAUUUUCAACGGGACACUCCAACAAAACCACUCCAUUCGAAAGCCCACACUAAAAAUUGAUCCGUCACUAAAUAAUGUCCCAUACAUUUUCAGAAGUGUUUUCAUUUAACGGAUAUUUUUUGCUGUAACUAGGAAGCUUCAUUUUCGUUGGUGGCUGCGAUAAUUAUCCGCACGUACUAUCAAACUGGCUUUGACAAACCAAUAAUUUACUCCAACCUAAUCAGAUGAAUGUACUUGAAGCCGCCAGAGAAGCAUCUGUUCGUAUUAAGCUGAAAUUUUUGCAGUCUCUACCGUUCCCUAUGCCGGGAAUCAAAGUUUGCAAACAUGCAUUUUUGUGAGGUCGUCUUAAACUCGCCGUGCCAAAUAAAACUUUGCUCAGAUAGGCCUUGAAACACAAUUGAUAAUGAGAUGGGCCGGCAUUCGCGUUAUUCAAACUUAAAAGAAACCGGUUUGGGAAAAUAAGUACCGCAUCCCUGCCGGGGGGCUGCUUUUGACAAGGCCAGCAGUCCUCGAUGUUUUUUAUAUCGCGGAUUACACAGAAACUAGCAUUUGAAAUAUUUUAUAACAAAUUCACAAAGACCAGUACGACAAAUGCAUAACCUUCACAUCAUGAAAAAUAGCUGAGAUUAGCAGGAACUAAUCGAACGCGGACCCAAACAAAUUUUGAAUCUGGCUGCCCAACAUUUUUAUUACGAACGUAACACUAAACCUUAGAGUAAUAAACCAUAAGAGCAACCGACGUCGAUCGAUCAUUGAGGGCUCGGCGAUCAACUAACGAAUAUCGAACGUGUCUUGCACAACUGAAACUUGGCGUCGAGCGUGAAUGUAUCUUUGUAGCUUUGAUUCCCACUGAGGUCGAGUAUUAUUUCUAGAGGCUUUUCGAAACAUUGUAUUUAUUUACCCUAACCUUUAGCGCUUUUUUUUCUGUACAGCAAAUUAUAUUCGUUUCAAGAAAUACACACUGUCUACACACAGUAAACAAUACGCAAAUUUAUUUUUUUUUUCGACAUGCAAAUGAAGUACCAAAUUCCUUAGGACUUGGGAGGGAGCAAUAAACGCGAAAUUAUGUAUACAUGUUGUUCUAGCAUCAUUGACUGGAUUUAUGCGUAUAGAUGUGCAUUUUAUACCAUAUUUUCUCUCAAUUCAAUUCAUUUGUUACAGCUCUGUUUUGUUACUUGAUAUGAAAUUUCCUAAGGUUUGUUUGUGCACUCUACAAAAUACGAAUAAUAAAGAAUCGGUGCUUUGUAGUAAAAACGAAUAGUGACCGGAA